CAAUAUGAACUCUCCUGAGGAGACGUCCGUUCCAGAAGAUGUAGAAGGUGGAGACCAAACCAAGAGUUUAAGCCUUGUCCCAAGACGUACUGAGAGCAGCGAGAGUGAAGGCAGUCUCCCGGGCCGCAGAAGCAUCGAGGUCCCGUUGGUGCCCCAGCUGGAAGUGUCAAAGCCCACGUCAGUGGUACUUUGGGCUGGCGGGCGCCUGCCGGAUUCCCUGGUGCCCAAGGAAGAGAGUCUAGAUUCCCCAGCCGAUGAGAAGGUAGUUGGUUUGGACUGCCACUCCCAACCCAGGGUAGAGACUGUAGCCACUGGGCAGCAGGUGACCAACUCAGAGGCACCAGGAGUCGGAGAACCAUCCCCAGAGGGCUUUUGUGCUGAGACUGAGCCAGGCUCCAGCAAGAGAGGCCUGCAGGCCUCAGGCUCCGAGGAAGCAAAGCCGGCCUCUGCUGCUACUCUCUUGCCCAAGGGACGGGAGCAAAGCAGGGCUUGGGUGACCCCGAGGAAAAGUGCCACUGGUAGGAUGGUGAUCGGCGGCGAGGAUACCCACUGUCCCACUUCUGAACCUGAGUUGACAGAUGAAUUAAAUGAGGUACAGACGAUGAGGGUGACCAUUUGCCUCAAAGAUGGGAGCCAGCCUAAGACCAGUGGCCCAUCAGAAACCGGAGACAUAGCCAGACACUCAAAUGUCCAGGCCAGGGACAGUUUCAUCCGGAUGCCCUCCUCCCUGCUGACCUCUACUACCCGAGGACUCACCUCUGGCAUGGAAAGGCAGGCCUCGAAGGAACUGGAAGCCUUUUCCUCUAAGAAAAAGCCAGGAGUCUUGUGGGGGAAGGGAGGAGCCAAGCCCAGCUAUCCAGAGGUUCCUGGGGUGGGUGGUCUGCCCAAGGCCAGUCCUAGAAAGAAGAUGAUGCCAAAGAAAAAACCCCUGUGGGAUACCUCAACAGUUACCCUGGGGAGAGCCUUCCAUCAAUGGGGUCAGAGAUUAAAGUCAGCUCCUGCAGAACCAGCCACCUUUCCCCCAAUCUCUGGUGUUGGGCUACCUGGGAAGUCCAAUAAAUGCUCACUGCUGCCUUUGAGACCCAAACAGUGCAAGAACUUCUACACUGGAAAGAGACCCGGGACAAAGAGGACAAGGGACUUGCAGUUGGUAGCCAAAGAAGACACUGAUUCAGCCAGAGAUCCCUGCUCACAGGUUCCGUUUCCAACACACAGGGCAGAGCCACCCUGCCAGAGUGGGCAUCAGGAAUUCAGCAGUGGGGAUAUAAACACCAGAAGCCUCCAGGACCCAGAAAAUUCUCAGUCCUUAGCCCUGAGCCAAAAAGGCACCAUGCCUAGAAGGUCUGCAGCCUCGGGUGACCAGGAACCACCUGUAGGUCCCUCACCCCUAGAUCCAGAGGUGCAGCAACUACCUGGAACACAGGGCUGCCCCCAUUGCCCAGAAUUACAGAGGGAAAUAGAAGACCUCAAAAAACAGCUGUCUGCCCUGCAGGCUGUCAAUGAGAAGUUCCAGGCACUUUCCAGUUAAACCCAAGGUGUGUCAAGCACACGCGACAAGCCGCUGGCAUCUGUGGAGCCCCAUGCUGCGGUCCAGCUACUUCCUUCCGGUUCUUCCCCAUGCUGCGGUCCAGCUACUUCCUUCCGGUUCUUCCUGUAGAUUCUUUCCUCUUUACCUCCCACCCCUUCCCCAGUUGACAGUAGUUCAAAGAGGUACUUCCUAGGAUGGAAAAUAAAAGUUUGUGAUAUAAAGUAAAUA